CGCCAUCCGGAUCAGCCGGAAGGGCCGGCACACGCUGCUGAACUUCUGCUUCCACGCGGCUCUGACCUUCACGGUGUUCGCGGGCGGCAUCAACCGCACCAAGUUCCCCGUCCUGUGCCAGGCGGUGGGCAUCGUGCUGCACUACUCCACGCUGUCCACCAUGCUGUGGAUCGGAGUGACCGCCAGGAACAUCUUCAAGCAGGUGACCAGGAAGGCCCCACCGUGCGCGGAUGCGGACCAGCCUCCGUUCCCCAGGCAGCCGCUUCUCAGGUACGGGGACCACUCUGUGCGCGGCCCACCCGCCAGGGGGCCAGGGUGACGCUGGCACAUCCUCCGUUUCCUGGCAAGCUCCUCAGAGGGCAGCUGGGACCUGAGGAGGACCCGAUCCAAGAGGGCCACAGGGGCAGGGUGGUGACCUGGGGACAGGGUGGUGACCUGGGGGCAGGGUGGUGACCUGGGGCAGGAUGGU